GGCUCGAGGGCCCCGAGGCAGCCCUGCUCGCGCCCCGGACCGCGGCGAGCGCGCCCGGGUUUUUUUUUGUCGGCCGCUAUGGGUGCGGUCCUCGGCCGCGGUGGUGGCGGGCAGGACGAUUGGGACAAGGGCUGGGGCAAGGGCGAGGGGAAGGACAAGGACUGGGACGAGAACUGGGACGACUGGGAUCCCAGCUGGGACGAGGACUGGGAUGCAGAUUGGGACGACAAGGGCAAAGGAUUUGGCGACGAUUCCGAGGGCAAGGGCAAGGAUAAAGACAAAGACAAGGGUAAGGGCAAGGGCAAGGAUAAGGACAAGGAUAAGGACAAAGACAAGGACAAGGACAAAGACAAGGACAAGGGCAAGAAGGGCAAGGGCAAGGACAAAGACAAGGGCAAGGUCAAGGGCAAGGGGCCCUACGGGACCUACUACUACGUCGACGGUAAGGUUUACGACUUCAGCGAGUGGAAGUUCCUCCAUCCUGGCGGCGAGCUCUGGUUUGCCCGCUCUUACCAGCGCGACAUCUCCGCGGCGGUGAACGCGUACCACUCGAACCCCGAUGCCCUGAAGCCCAUACUGGACAAGUACGAAGUGAAGAUGGAGGGGAAGAUGGAGGGCAAGGCGCCAGAGGACAUCUUCACCCAGUACAUGAACGCGCCGGCGUUUAUUCUGCCUCCCGACUUCGACGGGCGUAAGCAGGGCGAGAACGUGCCCGUGUACGACUGGAGCAAGGGCUUCAUGCCAGCGCUCAGGAGGAAGAUCAACACGCCAGCGAUGAAGAAGAAGAUCCGCGAGGCGCGGCCGCGCACGGGAGGUGCCGUCGUCUGCCUCGCCCACGUCCUCGUCUGCUUCCCCGCGCUGUACUACGACGUGCUCCCGGCGUGGCUGUGGGUGGCGCUGCAGAUUGUGCUGCGCCAGUCCAUCGCAGGCCUCGGGCACUACCACAUCCACCGCGGCAAGGCCUCGAGCACCAGUGGCCUCGGGGCCUGGGGCGACUCCCUGUUCGACAUGCAGUACGUCGGCGCCGCCGUCAUCCUCUCGGACGGGCACGUCAUGCUCCACCACCUGUACACGGAGACGCCCGCGGACGUCAAGCGCACGGUGUUCAACUUCAUGCUCCAGAUCCCGCGCCUCUGGCGCAUCCCCCUCUUCACGCUGUCGAAGUUCGGGGAGUUCUUCAGCGGCCACAUGCUGAGGACCGGAGGCCGCACGAGGGGUAAGCUCAUCAAGGCCGUCAGGUGUUACAUGCUCUCCGAGAUGUUCUGGGCGGUCGUGAUGGGCAGGGGCCACUGGUGGUUCUUGCAGUUCUUCCUCUGCGUCUGGACCAGCAUGUUCCAGAUCGUGGCCUCCCACGACUUCGAGGUCGUCCGGGAGACCCAGUCCUACACGGGGCUGGACUGGGGCAUCUUCCAGGUGCAGCACGCGCUGGACACCUACGUGACUGGCAUCCCGUCGAUAGACAUCUGGCUGUCCGCGGGUCUCAGCUGCCACAGGGUUCACCACGUGCUCCCGUACCAGAAGUCCGGCUUCGCCAACAUCGCCUGCCUCCCGGCGCUCAAGGACACGUGCAAGGAGUUCGGCGUGGAGUGGGCCCCGGCACGGAACCUCCUCCUGGACCGCUUCUUCCCGCUGAUGUACUACUACCUGACCGCUCCCGCCCAGGUGCCCGCCGUGCCGGCGCCGAUCAUCGUCGGGGGCGGCCAGGGCCUGAAGGGCUUCAUCUCGGAGCACCUGCAGUGGGAGCCGCUGCGGUCUUCGGGGGGCAGGCGGUGCCCCGCGGGUUCCUGGGCCGGACGCUGUGAGUGCGCCCGCGCCCCGCCUGCUUCGGCAGCAGAUCGUGGGAGGCCGGAGGAGGAGGAGGAGGAGGAGGUUCGAGUUCGAGUGAAAGCGUCAGGCCCUCGAGCACGGCCUGGGUUUUCCCUCGUGUGUUUCUUCUGGUCCCCCCUGUUGCUUCCGCUCACGCUUGGCACGGUCAUCCGCCGAUGUGCGGUGGAGACCGUCGCGUGAUUUCCAGCAAUUCGGCUUUUUCCAGCUUUCACAACUCGCGGGCUCACCUUUUUGCCAGGGGCCUGCGGCCAGCGCCGCGCAGGCCGGCCGCGGGGGCCUGCGACCCGCUGCCGUCCGGGCCGUACAGGGGCAGGGGCAGCCGUCCGCCGCAUAGAAGCUCGCCUGGUCUGUCUGCUCCACAUCCUCCUCCUCCUCCUCCUCCUC